UGGCUAGGGUUGGCUGGCCUGGGCAUCAUCACGGUUUGGGUCAGCUUUGUUGUAGGUCUUUGCUCGCCGCCAUGCCUAAACAACGAUAGUCUUCUGAAAAUUGAAAACUUGCUCGCCUGGAAUUUGUGACAGUGAGUCUUCUGUAACGGGCUCAUCAUGAAUACAGACAUGAACCGACGGAUCUUCGCCAUCAAAGCCAAGAAGAAGCGCCAUAAAAAUGUGAAGAAGAAGGGCAAAGUGGAGGAGCCCGAGCCCAAGGACCUGAAACCGAAUCCCACCAAGUACGAAAACGCCAGCAAUUCGUCUUCGAACGAGACGAACGAGGACGAAGAGGAUGAGUAUCUGUCUGUGGAGGAGGAGCAGGAAGACUCGUCCGACUACUGCAAGGGUGGCUAUCACCCGGUCAAGAUAGGCGACUUCUUUAGUAAUAGGUACCAUGUCACCAGAAAGUUAGGUUGGGGGCACUUUUCAACUGUCUGGCUUUGCUGGGACAUGCAGGAUAAGAGGUUCGUGGCCCUAAAGCUCGUCAAGAGUGCGGCUCACUUCACAGAGACUGCUUUAGAUGAAAUUAAGCUCCUGAAGGCCGUCCGAGAUUCAGACGUCAGCGACCCGAAACGGAACAAGCUUGUCCAACUCCUAAAUGACUUCAAGUUCACCGGAGUGAAUGGUACUCAUGUUUGCAUGGUGUUUGAAGUGCUGGGGCACAACCUGCUGAAACUUAUCAUCAAGAGCAACUACCGAGGUAUCCCCAAGCAGAAUGUUAAGUGCAUUAUCCGGCAAGUUUUAGAAGGUCUCGACUACUUGCAUACCAAGUGCAAGAUCAUCCACACAGACAUUAAACCUGAGAAUGUUUUAAUAUCUGUUGACGAAGCAUACAUACGCAAGCUUGCUUCAGAAGCCACAGUUAUGCAUUCAAUGGGAAUGAAAUUGCCUACGUCUUUAGUCAGCACAGCACCCAAGGAGGUCCAGCGUGGGAAUGACCAUCUCAGCUCCUCUGGAAAGAGGAAGGGUGCGAAUGCAAGAAUGUCAAAAAAUAAGAAGAAAAGGCUGAAGAAGAAAGCAAAGAAGCAAAAUGCUCUUCUGCAAUUGCAGAUGCAACAGAUUGAGGAGACUGACAGGAAUAAAGACCUCUCUAAAAAUGCCUCUGAUGAAACAACUACCCCUAGUGAAUCUACUCCUAGCGACAAUACUGCCUCCACUGACAAAAAGGAGGAACAGGAAGCUUGUCGGAAGUUGAUCAAUGGCUGUGGCAGGAACGAAGAGACUGAAGGAACGGGGGCCAGGAGUUUUGGUGGUGGAGAGGGUGAAAUGGAUUUGGAUGUUGCUGUAGAAGAAGUAGCCCAUCAGACCCAGGAAAUGUCUGUAUCUGGAGCAUCUACUCCCACUGAGGCACUUUUGGGUGAAGGCGAUGGAGACGUGUGUGAGCCAAUGUGCACAAGUCCUAUACCUGUGCCUGCUCCCCCUGAAGGUGAUGGAAACCGAACUCCUGAACUUAAAGAAGAAACCGAAUCUGUCAAGACAUCUCCUGAUGAAGAACUUCCACCAGAAGAAGUCCCUGAUGAAGCAGCUAACUACACUAACUGGGAUGAGGCUAGAGAGGAUGAGACCCAAGCAACUGAUUCUAAGAAAAAGUGCAAGGGAAAAGAGGAACCUGACCCAUCAAAAGAUGUUUUGGAGCUAAAUGUGAAAAUUGCUGAUCUAGGAAAUGCUUGUUGGGUUUCAAAACAUUUUACAGAGGAUAUUCAAACUAGGCAGUAUCGAUCUCUGGAGGUUCUGUUAGGUGCAGGCUAUUCUACAUCUGCUGACAUUUGGAGUGUAGCAUGCAUGGCGUUUGAAUUAGCAACUGGAGACUACCUCUUCGAACCUCAUUCUGGGGAGGACUAUUCAAGAGACGAGGAUCACCUUGCCCAUAUCAUCGAGCUCCUUGGAGAUAUUCCAAAGAGAAUUAUCCAAUCAGGCAAAAACUUCCGACAUUUUUUCAAGAAAACAGGGGAGUUGAAACGUAUCACAGGGUUGAAGCCAUGGGGCUUAUAUGAGGUUUUGACAGAAAAGUACAACUGGUCUCAUGAUGAUGCAGCAGAGUUUGAGAACUUUCUCAAACCUAUGCUUGAAUUUGAUCCUGCCAGAAGGGCUACUGCUGCUCAAUGCCUUGAACACCCUUGGCUUAAAUAUUGAGGUUUACUCCAUCCUAGCAAAAAAAUCAAUUUGAGCUUUUGUCAGUUUUACAUUGACUUUUCUUGAGUUCAAUGUGUCUCUGACACUGGUGGUUCUGUAUGUGUACAUGUUGCUAGAUUUAUAGGCACAAGCUGUUUGUGUAAUGCUUUGCGCCAGAUUCUUUUUCCUGGGUUCUGAUUCUUCUGUAGCAGCUUUUAUGACCGGGUUUUAAACAAAGAAAUCUGAUUCCCUUCCAAAUGUGUAUUUAUGAAAUUUUUCAUGUUGAACUCCCAUCUUGUCCAUUUAUUGUCCCUGCUGCAGGAGCUGCUCUGUUUUUUGUAUUGAAAUCCAAGGUGAGACUACUGUUACGAAUGUGUUGAUGUCUCCCUUAUUUGUGUUUAUGUACCAGGCCUGGUCAAUACCUUUUUCAGACCACAAAUUUUUGGUGACGUGCUUCCACAGAUGAUUUGUGUCGAGGGUGAAAUGGUAUUGAUUUUUGAGUCUGUUAUUGUACUUCCAUUCAGUUAUUUGCAUUUAGCCUCUUACACCUUUUUUAAAUUUCUGCAUCCAUUAGAUUUCACAUGGAUUUUAUCAAAGUACAGUUAAAUACCUCAAUGUUUAUAUCUUUAAGAAUCCCCUUCCAUAAGGACAUGUACGUACCAUUAGGAAACCCAAGUUUAUUUAUAUUUGUUAAAUUAUAAGCCACUUCCAAUGAUACAAUAAUGUUAAUGUGAUGUGCAAAUCUCAUGAAUCAAAUUAGGAUGAAAAGCUGUGUCAACUUAGACUGUGGUUAGCUAAAUAUUAGCUAGCUGUGUCCUGCUAUCGUGAAUAGAACUGUUUAUAUCAGUUGUGAAAAUUGAGGACCUAGGUCAUAAACAAAUUUGGAUAAAUUAGCACUGAAAUUUGAUACUAUAUUUGCAUUUUAAAUUUUAUGCAUGAUUGUUGUUGAUGCUGUAUGUUCUCUUGUUAUAAUGGAAACCCAUGUGUACUGAGUUCAAUAUUGAAUGAGUGGUAAAAAGAGAGUAAAAUAUUCCUAGUUGCUUUUUAAAGGCCUAGUUGAGGUCCCGUUGGUUGGAACAGAUGGUUGGAUUCCAUGUCUUCUCACAUCAACCACUAUCACUGCUUUAAAAUCUUUUUUUUUUAGGUCACCUUGGAUUAUUAUUUUGAAAAAGAAAGUUUCAGAGAUUCCUUUUACAGUUAAUGUAUUUCAAAGUAUUUGUGUCUGUUCCCAUCAUCUGGCUUAGAAGUUUGUAGCAAACAAAUGUUGUUUUUGCCUGUUGUAGUCAACAUGUAGGUGAACCAAUGUGAUACAGCUAAUGUGCUGGAAGCCCCUAUACACCCUUUGAGUGCUUAGCCUCGUUUUCUGGUUAUUUUUAAUUGUGUUUUUUUUUUAGAUAUUUUUUAAAAAUUUCAUGCUUGUUGAUUUUGCUUGUCAACUUCAUCCCGACAAAGACAUAUUUACAAUUAUUUAUUUUUGUCCAGAAGAGUCUGGCUACAAACCGUUUAACUGUUCCGCUAUGCCUUGUUUAAAUUUGUGUUAACUGUUGUACAAAAGCAAGCACUACUUUUACAAUGGAAGAGAGCUAUAGGUUUGGGAGAAUUGCCUGUAGCAGCUUUAGUUAUUCUAUGCUUGUACUCAUCUGUUCAUUUGUAGAAGGGUUUAAUUCCAUCAACAUUUUUUUAAGAAAUAAAAGUUACAAAGUACUGACA